AUGUUGUGCCCGAAGCUGACUCGAAGUUAUUACAAAUCCCCGUCGUGGGGGAUUAAGCCACUUCAAUACACGCCUGCUGAGCUACUGGACAUGAGGGGCGCAGCUAACCCCGACAAGGAGGCAAUAGUAGUCCUGGAUGUCGACAAGCCAAGACAAGCAAUCACAUUCGGUGAACUCAAGACCAAGACAGAGCAGCUGGCUGCGGGGAUGAUACGACAAGGCCUGCAGACGGGGGACAGAGUAGCCCUUCUCUGCCCCACCUCGGUUGAGUACUCUAUCUGUGAGUAUGCCAUGGUGAGGACCGGCGCCAUCCCGAUUCUGAUUCACGUCAGCGUCAAGUCAAGUGAUUCAAUCAAGUUCACACUCAACCACACCAAAUGUCGCUGGUUGAUCGCACAUUCUGGCGACAGAAGUGAAAAUUAUCGUCUGUUGACGGAUAUGAUCCCCGGUCUGGCAGAGCAAGGACCUUCGGUUAAACUGAGAGCUGAUCUACCCCACCUGGAAACUAUUUUCAUGAUUUCUCCUGACGCUGAGUCGUACCAAGGAACAUUACCGUGGACGACAUUAUUCGAAGGGAUCGAAGAUGGCGACCUUGCAACGAUGCGACAACGUCAAGCAACCAUUGACAGUGACAUGAUCCAUGGUGUUUAUAGUACCUCCGGAAGCACUGGCAACCCAAAAUUUGUUGCAAUAACGGGUCAUUGGAUGACGAAUAGGAUCCGCACAAUCGGCUUGAACGAAUCGGAUAAAGUGAUGAGUGACCGGCCUAUGUGUUACAGUGCGGGAUGCACGUCAAUCGUCCUUAGCAUUGGGAUUACAUUUUUCUCCGUGAAAGCCCCAACAACAGGACCCGAGGCCCAGAAAGGACUGGACUUCUUCUUCAAGUGUAUACAAGUCGAGGGGAUUAACGUUCCUUUCAUGUUCCCGUACAUGCUACAGGAGCUUCUUGGACGUGUCCAAGCUGGCAUGGAUAUUAGUAAAAUAAAGGUGUGCCCUACAGGAGGUGAGGUUAUUCAGAAGAACUUACUACGUGGUUUGUAUGAGUUGGGCUUCCCCAUGGCUGUUGUUUACGCAAGUACCGAAUCUGGCGGAAUCUGCUCCACUAUGAGCUGUGAUCCGAUUGAUAUAAAGGUCGAGAAAACUGGUAUUGGAUGUGACAAUGAAGUUAAGAUCAUUGAUGAUAACGGAGUGAUCGUCCCUAUUGGAUCAGCGGGUGAGGUGUGCGUCAGGAAUACGUGUAUGUUCGUGGAGUAUUUGGGAGAUGAGGAGAAGACAAGACACGCCAAGGAUUCCAGUGGAUGGUAUCAUACUGACGAUAUAGGGAUCAUGGACGAGAACGGGUACUUGUCAAUACACGGCAGAAAGACAGAGGUCAUCUCCAAGGCAAUAGUCCAGAUUUACCCUUCGGCGAUUGAGAAUGUGUUCGGUGAGCACACCAAGAUCAACCAAGUGGUUGCUACAGGGAUUCCGCACCCUAUCAUUCAUGAAGAGAUAUGUCUGUGCAUCGCUGAGAAGCCGGGCGAAGGUCUCACAGUCGAGGGCGUCCGAGCUUACUGCAUGGAAAAGUUUAUAUUGAACGUGGAAGGGGUCGACAUGAUGCCGGACUAUGUCCUGCUGUUUGACCAGUUCCCGACCGGAGCGACUGAUAAAAUAGAUAGGAAGAAGAUACGGGCUGAGGCAAUUCGGCGUGUUGAGGCGGACAGGGAAGGAUGCAAAAUGUAAGAUAACAUCGGAC